AUGUCCGAAAGUUACGAGCAGUUCAUUCUUCGCGAUGGCGUCGAAGUCGAGGUCAUGGAAGCCGACAUGCGGCAGUACCUAGGGCUCCGUGCCACCAUAAGACGGGGAUGGGGCAGUGGAGCAUAUCAAGGGGAAUCUGACUACCGGGUCACGACGGACCGACCCUUGACCAGCGAUAUGAUGCAGGAACUACAGGCUAGCUUGCCUCAGUAUCUAGGUAUGGUUCUGCUUCGUGCCAAUACACAGAAUACAGAUCCAGCGAAUCCGGUGCAUGAAAGCUCCCACGGGAAUCUGGAAGCUACUGGGUCUUGGAUACACCCGACAUGGCAUGCUGGUCAUUUCUUUCCUGCACAACAAUCCUCAAUGACGACGUAUUCUUCCGCAUCUCCAUCCUCGUCUUACCCGGCACGCUAUCCACAGGAAUUGGAAGGAUUACACCCCCCCAGGAGAUUCACACCAAGCGACGAAUCCCCUGUUGAGGUAUCUAUUGAUCAGGUGAUGCACAACCGCAUUUCACUAACAAUGGUCAAAUCUAGUGGUUAUCCUUGGUCACCACUGGAGGCUAGUGACCAACAAUAUCUCUCAUUUUCUACGGGUGAACCACAAGACUACAUACACCCAGAAGCACCUCCAACAGUCAGGCCAGAAUAUAGCAGCUCAACAAGAGACAUACAGCAUUUGGGGAGCCAGUUUGAAGGUACACCUUAUUCAUUUUUUACUAACCCUUCGGUUCAUCUCAUGCCGCAAGUUGAAGCAGUUGCACAGCGGCCAGAAAUACCGCCUACCGUCAUUAGUCCGCGUGCUGUAAGACACCCGGACACACCAAUGUGA